AACUUGGUGUCCAGCAUAAGAUCAUUCAAAAUCAUCAGUGAAAAAAAGAAUAAACAUGAAAAUUUUCAUUUUCUUUCUCUCCCUCCCUCUCUCUUCAUCUCUUUAAUGAAAUGAGAAAAUAUCUAUACAUGAUUAUCAUCUAUAUUGUGAUUUUCUUCUUUAGUUUCUCUUCGUAUCUUUUUCUUAGUUUGUUCUUUUUAACUUUUUCUUUCGAAAAUAAAAUAUUCAUUAUCUAAUUUAUUUCAUUAUUCAUUACAUAUGUCAAGAUACUGCAGAGGAUGAGAUGAAAGUGUGUGUAUAUAAAGUACUACAACUACUUUCAUUGUUGUCAAAAGACUUGUUAGAUAACAAAAUUUCUAAUUGGAUUCUUAUGCAUGAAUAAGAUAACGUUUUCGUUUUGAUUUUAAUUGUGUCAAAGAUGUUAAUAUGUUAAAUUGUGCAAUAUUCUUUUCUAAUAAUUUACCUGAUGAAUCAAAAUAACAAAUCAAAGUUGUUCCUUCUUAUUCAUGACAUUCAUCGGCUAUUCUCAAAUCUUAUUGACGAUUUUCUUAUGUUAUUGAUAUUUCAGUAUUAUUUUACUUGAUAGUAUAACCAAUUAGAAUCAAUGGGAUUAUUUUGUAUCUCUCAAGAUUUUAUACAGAAAUUAAACCCUGAAAGAAGAGAAGUUAUUAUUUCUAUAUUAUAAAGCAGUGACAAAACUUUUCUUCGAUAUUUCAUUUUUAGUAAAUAUUGAACACUUUAUUUCUGCCAGAUUGUAAAGAAUAUUAAAAUAUUGAUCUGCAUUUCACGACUGUAAGUAUGUUUGAAUAAGAACUAGUGCUACUAACUGAUAAGAUUCGUCCAUUUAUUAGAGUUUUGUCCUUGCAAAUAUUCAAUUUAAAAGUUGAAUUGAUGCAACUUUUUGCUUUCCCUCAGACAAAAUCUACCGUAUCGCGAUGGAGAUUUCUACUUUGUAUGUGUCUAACAAGUUCAUUUAUAAAAAUAUUGCGUACAGAAAUAAAAAACGUGAUUUAAAAUGAGUCCUGACAAAGCAGAUUAUUUAGCAGACUCAAAUAAAAAAAAGAACAUGAAACUAAUCAUGAUUUGUUCAUUGGCGUCACUUAUUUAUUGACGAUGAUAGCUGAUAUUUCAUUUUUAGUUAAAACACGUCCGAUGAUUAAUGCAGAUUUUUAUCAAUUCUCUCCUUUCUCUUCAUCACGUUUUUCUGUACUUAAAUCAAAUAUAUCUCUAUAAAAUCAAAAAAAACGAUCGUUUCGAAAUAAAAUUCUAUUCUGUUCAUUUAAAGAGAAUGAAAUUCAAUGAAAAAUAUCACAUUAAGAAAUUAAUUCCUUCUCUUCUCUAGAACACUAUUUUUCUUAGUGCUAUUCUAGAAGAAAUAAAUGAGAGAAUCUUCAUACAGAUUAUCAUUUUGUUUUCAUUUAGAAAAAAGAAGAUAAAGAUUAUCUUAUCAGUUGACUAUUUUAUCAAAAAAGGAUCUCGUUGAAUGAUGUGGAAUAACGAUGUAUUUAUUAUUAGUUUUCUUCUUAUUCUUAAUAAUGAAACAUCAGGUAAAUACUUUUAUUUAUCAUAUACUGAAUAUCAGUCAUUGUACAAACAACAUUAUUCAUUAGAAUCAUAUAUCCAAAGUUGAUUCACAAUCUCUUUAAUAUUAAUAAGAAGAUCAUUUGAUUAUUUUUAUUUUUUCAAUCAAAAUCGGGUAUAUUUCUUUUUUUUUCACAACAAAACAUUCAGUAGAAGUCGACAUUGGUUUUCUUGGAUAAACUCAUUGCCUUCUCAGGUUGCAUUCAUAUUUCAUCAGAGAAAAUAGAAUAACAAUUCAUAAAAAUUAUUUCAAAAUUAAUAAUUUCAUUUCCUUACAGUUUUUCUCUUUGUUUGUGUUUAGCUCUUUCAUACAAUCAACCAAAGUUUUGCCCAACAGCUAUGUGGAAUACUAAAGGAAUCACUUUGGCUAAUCAAUCAAUUGUUGGAUGGUAUCCUUUCGCUAUUUUUAUUAACACAAAUAAUACAAUCUAUGUUGCUAAUAAAGAAAAUAGGACAAUUGUAGUGUGGGAUGAACAGAGUGUCAAUCCAACAAAGAACAUCUAUGGUGAUUUUACGGAACCCUUGUCUCUGUUCGUGACGCCAAAUGGUGAUAUUUAUAUCGAUGAUGGACGGGAGAAGGGCCGAGUACUGAAAUGGAUCGUAGAAACAAAUAAAUUUGCCACAGUGAUGAAUGUUCACUCCUCAUGUUUUGGAUUAUUCGUUGAUAUUGAUAAUACUCUUUACUGUUCAAUUUUUGCUCAACAACAAGUAGUGAAGAGAUCAUUCAAUGAUCCUCUGAUGACGUCAAACCGCGUUGCUGCUGGAACAGGUAUUAAAGGAUAUGGCUUGAAUGAACUCAAUGGUCCUGUUGGAAUCUUUGUCGAUAUAAACUUAGAUUUAUAUGUAACAGAUUGUGAUAAUGAUCGGGUUCAAUUGUUUCAGUCAGGGGAAUCAAAUGGCAUCACAGUAGCUGGAAGUGGAUCACGAAAUCCCACAAUUACACUUGAUUGUCCAAGUGGAAUUAUAUUAGAUGCGGAGAAGUACUUAUUCAUUGUGGAUCUACUCAACAAUCGCAUCGUUGGUUCAAGCUCGAAUGGCUUUCAAUGUUUAGUUGGAUGCUAUGGACGAGGUUCACAAUCCAAUCAAUUGACUUUGCCAUUUAGUUUGAGUUUUGAUCGUUCUGGAAAUAUAUAUGUUGCUGAUAAUGAUAAUUUUCGAAUUCAAAAAUUUCAAUAUAUCGAAGAAUCAUGUCAUAAUUUAGUGGUUAUAGAAACAAUGUAUUCAUCAUCACUGAUCUCGAAUAGUUCAACUUAUUUCAAAGAUUGUUCAGAAUUAGAUUCGUAUUAUGAAGCCAUACAAAUGAACAUUAAUAUAACUGGCUAUUAUGCUUUUCUGAUCAGCAGUAAGAUGAAAAGCAUGUAUGCUUAUAUCUACACAAAUAACUUCAAUCCAUUCGAUGUGUCAGAAAAUGUGCUGAGCCAUAAUAAAGAUUAUGAAAAUCAAGGCCAAUUUAAAGUCACAGCUAUUCUUCAAGCCAACAUGAUAUAUGUUGUAGUAAUGACAACAUCGUCUCAGAAUUUGACAGGAAAUUUUUCCAUUCAAGUAUUCGGUCCAAGUUAUGUUGGUUUCAAUCGUAUUCGUGAGUAUUUAUAG